CUGGUUCGCACGUGCGUUUUAUAGCGUAACCAUAAAUCGAAGGAAAAUCGUACGAUUCGUUCCACGCGGUAAUUUAACCGGUGCAGAUUUAUUUCGAACAAGCACCGUUAUUAUACUCCUUACGUGUCGCGAUAAAACAGAUAAGACGUUUAAUUGCCCAUUGGUAUCCUACUCGAAAAUUAACAUAUUGCAAUGAACUUGCAUAUUAUAGUAAAGGAUGUUACGCGUCGAUACAUACAAACAAGUAUACCGAGGGAAAUGUGAGAAGCACGAACAUGUAACGUUUCAUCGGAAAGGUUGAAGUGUUGCCGAAGGUCAACGUCAAGAUACGAUUACACACAAUUCAGUGGAAAAGAGAGUAUUUAAGUGUCGAAUAGAGUUCGGGUUUCGCGAGGCACGAGUCGAAAGCUCUGUGUUCCCUAUGAACUCCUCAACAAAAAGUUUCGGUUAGCACAAAAGGUCAUAGAUAGGGAAGCUUCGUACGUACAAACAGCAGCUAAUGAAUUAAUAAAGGAUAAUAAAACCUCCGUUCCUGCUGGGGAGAUGAGCCUAUUAUUAGGCGGAGUUGUGGAGAAACUGCAAACCUUGAAGAGAAAGGCGCACGAAUCCAUUACAGAAGAGUUGCAAGCAAGCAUGGUUUGCAAAAGACGUCUAGAACAUUUAAAAGAACACGCCAAUACCGCACCGAGCGUUGUGAAUCAGUGGCGGAGGCAACGGCUUGAUAGAAUGCUGAUAGAAUAUUUUCUUCGGAAAGGCUAUUACACAACUGCAACUAAAUUAGCAGAUAGUAGCGAGCUUAGAGAUUUAACAAACAUAGAUGUUUUUAUGGUAUCCAGGGAAGUAGAAACAUCCUUAGCAAAUCAUGAAACUGCAAGGUGUGUUGGAUGGUGCUAUGACAAUCGAUCUAAGUUAAGGAAAUUAGGAAGUACUAUGGAAUUUAAUUUACGCGUGCAAGAGUUUAUAGAAUUAGUAAGGCAGGAUAGGAGGCUUGAUGCUGUCAAGCACGCUAGAAAAUGUUUUGCCAAUUAUGAUGAUUACCAAUUGCAAGAAAUUCAAUGCUGUAUGGGACAAUUAGCAUUUCCAGCAAAUAAGUCUCUUAGUCCAUAUAAAAAUUUGUUAGAUGAAAAGAGAUGGGAUAGAUUAAUUGAGCAAUUCAGGCAUGAAAAUUAUAGACUUUUCCAAUUAGCAACUCAAAGUGUUUUUACAGUAGCAUUACAGGCAGGUUUAUCGGCAUUAAAAACACCUCAAUGUUAUAGUGCAAACAAAGAAGGGAGAAAUCCAAAUUGUCCGGUAUGCAAUGAAGCUCUUAACGAAUUAGCUGUCCCAUUGCCUUUUGCUCAUUGUUCACAGUCUAGACUUGUCUGCAGUAUUAGUGGAAAACCAUUAAAUGAAUAUAAUCAACCAAUGAUGAUGCCAAAUGGAUAUGUAUAUGGAGAACAGGCAUUGGAAAAGAUGGCUCAAGAAAACAAUGGUACUGUAAUUUGUCCAAAAACCAAAGAAGUGUUUCCGUAUAAAAAGAUAGAAAAAGUGUAUGUUAUGUAAAAAUUACUGACUCAACACACACAAUUUGUAUUAUAUGCAAUGCAUCUUUCAUAUUCUAACUUGAAAUAUUUACUGUUUAAUACUGUAUACCGAUAUUAACAAAGGGAAUAACUUCUAUUUUUAAUGAAUUAUUUUUUUGCAAAUUUAAUUUGUGAUCAUCUACUAGAAUAAAAUGUAAUACAUAUGAAUAAUGUGUGUUAUGGAAAACGUUCUAAUAUUUCGAUAUAAAAAGAUAUAAAAAUUACUAUGAUAAUGUAAGUGGUUAUUAAACAUGAAAUCAGA